GUUAUCCCCAUCUAACUCCCUACUCGUGUGCUUCCUUUUCUUGCUCUGCAAGUGCCAUACUGCCACUUCAGAAUCCUUUUAAAAAUUUCUUUGCUAAAUCACUCUUCUAAACUAAGUAAUCUCUAUCGGAACUGCCAAAAUCUCCGACAUUUUGAUAGACAUAGAUCUCUCUCUCUCUCUCUGUCUCAAUGCUUUGAGCUGAGAAGAGGAAGAAAACAUGGCAGGAACAAGCACCUUUGUUAUCAGAUGGAUCAACUUUCUCACAAUCCUUUUAGGUGUAGCUGUUAUUUGUUUCGGGGUGUGGAUGAGCACUCACCACGAUAGCUGUCGAAAAUCCCUUACUCUUCCUGUACUAGGCCUUGGUGCUUUAAUCCUUCUCGUAUCUUUAAUUGGUUUUUUGGGCGCAUUGAAGGACAUCUCCAUUUUGUUAUGGAUGUAUUUGGUGAUGUUAUGCUUGAUCUUGGUGGUAAUUCUGGUAUCCACUGUUCUAGCGUUCAUCAUAACAAACAAUGGAUCUGGGCAUACAGUGGCUGGCCUGAGGUACAAGGAGUAUCAACUUCAAGAUUGCAGUUCCUGGUUUAUAAAAGAAUUGAGCAACACCCGGAACUGGGAACACUUGAAGAGUUGUCUUGUGAAAUCUGAAGACUGCAAUAACCUGCCCAAGAAAUAUAAGACCCUUAAACAGUAUAAAAUGGCAGAACUUACCCCCAUAGAGGCUGGGUGCUGUCGACCACCAUCGGAGUGUGGCUAUCCUGCUGUAAAUGCUUCAUACUAUGACUUGAGUUUCCAUCCUGUCAGUUCUAACAAUGAUUGCAAACUUUACAAAAAUGCCAGAGCCAUCAAGUGUUACAAUUGUGAUUCUUGCAAGGCUGGGAUUGCACAAUACAUGAAAGCAGAAUGGAGAGUGGUUGGGAUUUUUAAUUUGGUUCUGUUUGUUGUUUUGUCGAUGGUAUACUUCGUGGGAUGCUGUGCAAGAAGAAAUGCUGCCAGGAGUCAUUCAUCCAAAACUUGAAAUGACCUUGCCCACCACCCUGCGAGGCAGGCUGCAAACCUAUAUACAAAAGAGAAAAGACGCCUUCUGAGGAACUGGGUGUAUUUAAUGGGAAUCAGAGUAUGCAUCAAGUUGGGUAGAGGAGACCAAGGAAGAAGGAAAAAACUAAGGUGGAACUGACGUAUUUCCAUCCUCCUUUAGUUGAGAGCUGAAAGCUUAAAAUCAUCUGAAACAAAUCAUCUGUAUUUUUAAUUUUUGGACAUGCCUAGCAUUGACUGCAGGAUAUUUUCUGUAUUUAUGAUUCUUAUCACAUCAGGAUGAUUUUUUCGACAUAUGAAAAUUAGUUUGUGCGAGUUAAGUUUUGACUGCAAA